CAAGAGGCCCUCAAUCCAUCGUUCCGAUCGUCACGCUAACCCCGAGGGGAGAAUGAGGCCGGCCGUUCCGUAGUGGGGAGUUGGGCCGCUCAGGCACAAUCUCCGGGCCUCCUCCUUUGGGGGCCGUUCUGUAAUUUGCCCCCCCCCGUCUCUAUGGCCGCCAAGUGACGUUGUCGAGAGCUUCCAUCUUCUCGCGAGACUGCGGUCGGCUCUUCCUUGGCAGGCUGCGGCGGCUCUGAGGGAGACAUGGGUAAGGUGGGCCCGCGCAAGGGAGGCGGCUCGGCCGUCGCUCGGCCCGCGCGCAGCAACCCCUUCGAGGUGAAGGUGAACAGGCAGAAGUUCCACAUCUUGGGCCGGAAGACGAAGCACGACGUGGGGCGCCCGGGCGUCUCCCGCUCCAAGGCCCACAAGAAGCGUACACUGACAUUACUAAAAGAAUACAAAGAAAAGGACAAAUCUAGUGUUUUUAAAGACAAACGGAUUGGUGAAUAUGAUUCCAAAAUAAGUUCUGAGGAAAAAAUGAUGAAGAGGUUUGCUUUGGAACAACAGAAAACUCAUGAAAAGAGAAGUAUCUAUAAUCUCAAUGAGGAGGAAGACUUAACGCAUUACGGCCAGUCUCUGGCAGACAUUGAGCAACUGAAAGAUGUUCCGGAGAGCGACAGUGACACCGAAGAAACAGGAAUGCUGUCAGCUGAAUUAACUGCUGCUCACUUUGGCGGAGGUGGUGGGCUUCUUCAUAAAAAAGCUCUUUCAGGGCAGGAAAAUGAAGAAGAUAAAAAACCUAAAUCACGGAAGGAGCUCAUUGAAGAACUAAUUGCAAAAUCCAAACAGGAGAAGAGAGAGCGACAAACUCAGAGGGAAAAUACACUGGAACUUACAGAAAAACUUGACAGUGAUUGGAAGGAAAUCCAAGGCUUUCUGUCCCACAAAACUCCCAAAUCAGAGAGAAAUCACGCAGUGGAGGAGAAGCUCAAGGCUGAUGAAUAUGAUAUGCUAGUUCGAGAACUUGGGUUUGAGAUGAAGGCAAGGCCCUCUGGUAGGAUGAAAACAGAAGAAGAGCUGGCAAAAGAGGAACAAGCGAGACUUCUCCAGCUAGAGGCAGACAGAUUACGUCGAAUGCGUGGCGAAGAAGAAUCUGAUACCAGAAAGAAAUCCAAGCACAUUUCAGCUGAUGAUUUGGCUGAUGGGUUCAUCCUCGAUAAAAAUGACAGGCGUCUUCUUUCUUACAAUGAUGGAAAAUUGAAUAUUGAGAAUGACGAAGAUGAGGGCGUGGAAGAAAGCACAGGGAUAAAUGAGGAUGAUGUUGAAGAAGAGGGAACCGAGGAAGAUUCUAGUAGUGAAGCUGAUGCUGUUGAUAAUCACUCUGAUCUUGAAUCGGAUGAUGGAAGCAUGGAUGAAACCAGUGCAGGUGAAGCACAGAAAAAGAGGGGAAAAGGGGAUAAAAAUAAAUUAAAGGAGCAAAAUGCGAAGAGGAAAGCUGCCAGUCUGGAGCUCCCAUACACAUUUGCUGCUCCAGAAUCCUACCAGCAGCUUAAAGUGUUAUUGUUGGGCAGAACAAUGGAAGAGCAGCUGCUUGUGAUAGAAAGGAUUCGGAAGUCCAACCAUCCAAGCCUGGCUGUGGAGAACAAAGCAAAGCUAGAAAAACUGUUUGGAUUUCUUCUGGAGUAUAUUGGGGAGCUGGCAGCAAGAGAGCCUCCAGAACUAAAAACAGUUGAUAAGCUCAUCCCGACUUUGUAUGAUCUUUGCCAGAUGUUCCCUGAAGCUGUGGGUAAUCAUGUGAAACUUAUCCUUCGAGAUGUUGCUCAUGACAUGGAAGAAAUUCUAGAAGUGAGAGGCCGUGCACCGUUUCCAGAGUUAGACAUGCUCAUAUAUUUGAAAAUCAUUGCAAUACUUUUUCCAACCUCUGAUUACUGGCAUCCUGUGGUAACACCAUCAAUGGUUUAUAUGAGCCAGCUACUUACAAAGUGUCCAGUGACAACCCUGCAAGAUGUUGUUAAAGGACUGUUUGUUUGCUGUCUCUUCCUGCAAUAUGUAUCCUUGUCUCAAAGAUUCAUCCCUGAACUUGUCAACUUCCUCUUGAGAAUUCUUUACAUGGCUAUACCCAGCAGAGAAGUCCAAGGCCGCUUUACUUCAAUGCGUCCUUUGAAGUCCUUAGAUAAAAACUUCAACCUCCUUGUAGUCAGUGAAAUAGCAGAUGCCAAGACCUGGCAAAGGCAGAAUCUUCCACUCCAUACGGUAACUGGAUCUAAGGAAGAUAGGAAAGGGAAUCAUCUUAGGCUAUCCUGCAUAGGCUUGUGUCUGGAUCUUGUUAAAAGAUGUGCUGUUCUGUAUGGAUCACUUCCAUCCUUCUGGGAAAUAAUGAAGCCCAUCCAAAUACUCUGUAAGCACAUGCCAGUGAGUGAGUACCCUGCGCAAUUACAGGAGUUGCACAACUGUGUUCUAACACAGUUGGAGGCACAAGUACAACAUUAUCAUCCACUGGUGUGUGAAAAGAAAAAACCAGUGCCACUGAAGCUGUUCACGCCCAAAAUAGUGAAAGUCCUAGAAUUUGGAAGAAAGCAAGAAACGAAUGAGAGAGAGCAGGAAAGAAAACGACUGAUUCAUAGGCACAAACGAGAACUGAAAGGAGCUAUUCGUGAGAUUCGCAAAGACAACCAGUUUCUUGCUAGAACGCAGCUUACAGAAAUUAUGGAGAGGGAUUCUGAAAGAAAAAGAAAAGUGAAACGACUCUUUGGGAGUCUUGCAGAACAAGAAGGAAACUGGAAGGCGAUGAAGAAAAAGAAGUUUUAAACUGCUGCUGAUUAUGUUGUACAGAAGGAAAAUGAGGAUAUUUAUAUUUAAUAUAGCUUGGAAAGCAGUAAUUUUGUAACUUUCUAUGGAUUUUACAGAUUAAUGAAAAUAAACUGAACAUUGGGGAAUAAAUUGAUUUCAGAUAAAA